AAAGAUACUAUUAUUUAUUUUUUUUAUAAAAUAAAAUAAAACAGCACCCAACCAAGUCACCUACCAUAUACUUCUCACUUAUGGUCUGGUCUCCAUCCACAGUACCCUUCUUCUUCUGUCACUCUUUUCAACUUCUACUACUUCUACUUCUAGCUCAACACUUUACCUUAAUAGCUUCUUCAGAUUCAUUCCCUUAAUAGCUUUAUUUUUCUUACAGCAGAAACUUAUUUAGGUUCUGUUGUCAUAUACUUGUAUAGUAUAUAUAUCCUUCAUUGUUCAUCUUAUCAUUUAUAAUGCUUGUGAACUAAGAGGAGCAAGUAGGAAAGGAAUGCAGGCUAUAUGGUUGAUGCUGUUGUUGGUGGCGAAUAUUGCAUUGGGGAAUUCAGAUAUUGAUGCACUUCUUGAACUCAAGAAGGGUAUUAAAAAUGACCCUUUUGGAUUAGUUCUUAAUUCUUGGGAUUCAAAGUCAUUAGACUCUAAUCAAUGUCCACAAAACUGGUAUGGAAUAUUAUGCAGUGAUGGCAAUGUUUUAUCUAUCACUUUGGACAAUGCUGGUUUGGUUGGAGAGUUUAAUUUCCUUGCAAUUAGUACCCUUACAAUGCUUCACAACUUGUCGCUUGUAAAUAACAACUUCACAGGAAGUAUGUUACAUAUUAGUCCGAUGAAAUCAAUUAAAUAUCUCGAUUUGUCUCUCAACAAGUUCACCGGCUCACUUCCUCCUAGCUUCGUCGAAUUGCGUAGUUUAGUGUAUCUGAAUCUUUCUUCAAAUGAAUUUAGUGGCACUAUUCCGAACGUUUUUCACAAACUUGACCAGUUGAAGUAUUUAGAUUUUCACUGUAAUAGCUUUUCGGGCGAUAUUAUGCAUAUAUUUUAUCAGAUGGGAAGUGUGUUACAUGUUGACUUAAGCAAUAAUAGGUUUUCUGGUACACUUGAUUUGGGACUUGGAGAUGUUUCGUUUCUAUCUUCAAUUCAACAUUUGAAUGUUAGUCAUAAUUCCUUGGUUGGUGAACUAUUUGCUCAUGAUGGUAUGCCAUACCUCGAUAAUUUAGAGAUCUUUGAUGCUAGUAAUAAUCAGCUAGUUGGUCAUAUACCGUCCUUCACAUUUGUUGUAUCAUUAAGGAUUCUUCGACUUGCAUGCAAUCAGUUGACAGGUUCUCUGCCAGAAACUUUGUUGAAGGAAAGUUCAAUGGUGUUGUCUGAACUCGAUCUUAGUCAAAACAAGCUUGAAGGUUUCAUUGGAAUUAUUACCUCGAUGACUCUCAGGAAGCUUAAUAUAUCUUCAAACAAAUUGUCAGGUCCAUUACCUCUCAAGGUAGGUCACUGCACCAUCAUAGAUUUGAGUAACAACGUGCUGUCAGGUAACAUGUCAAGGAUCAAGUAUUGGGGGAACUAUGUGGAAGUUAUUCAGCUAAGUACUAACUUUUUGUCAGGAACUCUGCCGAAUGAAACAACACAAUUUUUAAGGUUAACUUCACUUAAGGUAUCCAAUAACUCAUUGGAUGGAUUUCUGCCACCAGUUUUAGGAACAUAUCCGGCACUAAACGAGAUUGAUCUUAGUCUCAACCGGCUUUCUGGUUUCCUCCUACCAACCCUUUUCUUCUCGACCAAAUUGACUGCUCUUAACCUCUCAAACAAUGAGUUUUCUGGUCCAAUUCCUUUUCAACUUCCAAAUAAUAAUUCAUUGGUUUCUGCUGAAAGUUUCAGUUUGACGUCGCUUGAUCUUUCAAACAACAAUUUGAGUGGAAUUCUUUCUUCGAAAAUUAAGGAGCUUCAUAAUUUGGCAUAUCUCAAUUUAUGUAACAACAAAUUGGAAGGUACUAUUCCUAAUGAUCUUCCGGAUGAAUUAAGAGGAUUCAAUGUGUCCUUUAAUAAUUUUUCUGGCACUGUACCUUAUAACUUAUUGAAGUUUCCCGAGUCAGCAUUCCAUCCAGGAAAUACUAUGCUGCUAUAUCCAAAUUCUCAAUUAUCACCAACAGAUACUUCAAUCUUAGGUUUGAGGUCACAUAAGAAACAUUUUCCUAGGAGUGUCUGGAUUACAUGUUUGGUCACCGGCAUUUUUGUGAUUGCUAUUAUGGCUGCAAUGAUUUAUUAUAGGAUUCAUCAGAAAAAAGAAAGAACUUAUAAACAAGAUGCAACAACAAGUGACAUCGUCCAAGAGAGUACUUCUCCAUCAAACAGAAGAAAUUUGGAAUCAUUACCGCCUUCUCAAAGUGAUGAUUCCGGAAACAUUAAUCCAACCUUAAAGAAGGCUAAAGAUCCUGAAUUAGUUAAGAACGAGGAAGGAACGUCUUCUCCAAUGUCUAUUUUAUCGGCUUCGAAUCCUUCGCCUUCUACAAGUCAUCAGUUUGAGAAUCCAAGCUCCUUAAAAGUAUCGUCUCCGGAUAAACUGGUUGGUGACUUGCAUCUAUUUGAUGGAUCGUUGAUGCUAACUGCGGAAGAGCUUUCGUGCGCUCCAGCUGAAGUUAUUGGUAGGAGUUGUCAUGGAACUCUCUACAAAGCUACACUUGAGUCUGGUCAUGUUUUGGCUGUUAAAUGGUUAAGAGAAGGAAUAACGAAAGGAAAAAAGGAGUUAGCGAGGGAAAUUAAGAAACUUGGGACAAUCAAGCAUCCAAGCUUGGUUUCUCUUCUUGGUUGCUACUUAGGGCCUAAGGAGCAUGAGAGACUGAUUAUAUCAAAUUACAUGAAUGCAUAUUCAUUGGACAUUUAUCUCCAUGAGGCUGAUAAAAGAAAUCUCCAUCCUUUGUCUGUUGAUGAAAGGCUGAGGGUGGCUGUAGAAGUGGCGCGAUGUUUACUUUAUCUGCACACUGAGAAAGCCAUACCUCAUGGCAAUCUUAAAUCCACAAACAUUCUAAUAGAAACUCCCAACAGAAAUGUCUUGCUCACUGACUACAGCCUACACCGAAUACUCACCGCUGCUGGUACUUCCGAGCAAAUUCUGAAUGCCGGUGCACUUGGUUACCGACCUCCCGAGUUUGCUAGAUCAACCAAACCAUGCCCUUCCUUGAAAAGUGAUGUAUAUGCAUUCGGAGUUGUCUUGUUAGAGCUCAUAUCAGGAAGAAAAUCUGGAGAAAUUGUUUCCGGGAUUUCUGGCGUGGUUGAACUUACGGAAUGGGUGAGAUUCUUAGCUGAACAAGGUCGCUCUAACCAAUGCUUCGAAAAAUCCCUCGUGGAAAAUUACAACGGAGAAGGACCGUAUAUGAUUCUUGAUAACAUGCUAAAAGUAGCUCUUAGAUGCAUCCUUCCAGCGUCUGAGAGACCUGAUAUGAAAACAGUCUUUGAUGAUCUUUCAACAAUAAGAGAGAGUUGAUGAUCAUAGUCUCAAUAACUAGCAUCAUCAUUGUUUAUAAUUGUUUUGGUUAGUUUUGAAGUAUAUUAAAUUUUGUUCCAUUGAUGACAAUUUCUCCAUAGGCAUUUUAACAAGUUUGAGGAUAAUAAAUGAAAUCCAUUCUUUUCAUCUCCUUUUGAUGGGAACUGUGUUGUAUUUACAUUAUUCUUGCAUCUAUGUAACACCGGUGUACUUGGUAGUUUUAUACCGUUCAAUAACUUUUUAUCGGAUACACAUUUUACGACACUAAUUGUUGGGAUUUAUGGUUUGUGUCAUAUAGAUCGUUCGAUUUGAGGUGUAUCGAACGCUAAUAGCCUGUUUGGAACUAAGUCCAAACGGCAAUACGGCAUCAAACACACAUUUGGGCAGAAGCUUGGAAUUCUAGCUUCACGAAAUUCACAUUCAUGGCACAUGGGGAUGCGAGAAAUGUGAGGCAAACACAAAUCCAAACAAGUACCAAAUAUGAAUAUCUUUCUCAGUUGAGAUUUGAAUCUUAGUUCGCCAUAUUGUAAGAGUUUACCAUCUUCCAUUAGACUCAAUUUCUA